CUUGCCCUCUGUCUUUCACUGUUACAGUUUCCCGAGACCCCUUGGCUUUGUUGUGCUGCAUGUCUGACUAGCAGGAGGGGGAUUGGCUGCUCGCUGGCUGGAGGAGCUCUUCCCAGCAGCUUACCCCAACGUACCCACCCGCGCCUGGGUCAGGAAAUGUGAGCAGGGCUGACCGAGGCGGAGAAGUAGGGAUUGAAUAUUCUCACCAACCCUGGAUGUUGACAGCAGGCAGCCGAGCACUUCGCAGCUUGCGCAGUGUCCGACCCCAGGUCCGGCACGUACCCAACCAUGGAGGGCUGCUGCUGGACAACUGCUGGCACCUUGCUUCUGGCUUCCCUCGUCCUGAGCUCCAGAACAGCUCGCUCAGAGGAAGACCGAGAUUCAUUAUGGGAUGCCUGGGGCUCCUGGAGUGAAUGCUCACGCACUUGUGGAGGUGGGGCUUCGUAUUCACUGAGACGCUGCCUGAGCAGCAAGACCUGUGAAGGACGAAACAUCCGCUACAAGACGUGCAGCAAUGUGGACUGCCCACCAGAAGCAGGUGAUUUUCGUGCCCAGCAGUGCUCUGCUCACAACGAUGUCAAGUACCAGGGACAGUUUUACGAGUGGCUUCCUGUCUCCAAUGACCCUGACAACCCAUGCUCACUGAAGUGCCAGGCCAGAGGAGCAGCUCUGGUUGUGGAGCUGGCGCCAAAAGUUCUGGAUGGGACCCGGUGCUACACUGAAUCCCUGGACAUGUGCAUCAGUGGUUUGUGCCAAAUCGUUGGCUGUGACCGCCAGCUGGGAAGCGCUGUCAAGGAAGAUAACUGUGGGGUCUGCAAUGGUGAUGGGUCCACCUGCCGUCUGGUUCGAGGCCAGUAUAAGUCACAGCUCUCAGCAAAUAAACUGGAUGAUAUGGUGGUUGCUAUUCCCUAUGGAAGCAGGCAAGUUCGCCUUGUGCUGAGAGGGCCUGAUCAUUUAUUUUUGGAAACCAAGACUCUCCAAGGUGUGAAGAGUGAAAACAGCCUCAGCUUCACAGGCUCCUUCCUCGUGGACAACUCUAGCAUCGACUUCCAGAAGUUUCCUGACAAGGAGAUACUAAGAAUACCUGGGCCUCUCACUGCAGACUUCACUGUCAAGAUUCGCUAUGCUGGUGCUGAUGACAGUUCAGUUCAGUUUAUCUUCUAUCAGCCUAUCAUUCACCAAUGGAGGGAAACUGAUUUUUUUCCAUGUUCAGCGUCCUGUGGAGGAGGUUACCAACUGACAUCUGCUGAAUGUUUUGAUCUGAGAAGCAACCGGGUAGUAGCAGACCAAUACUGUCACUAUUAUCCUGAAAACGUCAAGCCAAAGCCAAAACUUCAAGAGUGUAAUCUGGAUCCUUGUCCUGCAAGUGAUGGAUACAAGCAGAUCAUGCCCUAUGACCUCUACCAUCCCCUUCCUCGAUGGGAAAGUACACCCUGGACUGCCUGUUCCACAUCCUGUGGAGGGGGCAUUCAAAGCCGCAGUGUCUCGUGUGUGGAAGAAGACAUUCACGGGCAUAUCAGCCCUGUGGAAGAAUGGAAAUGCAUGUAUACUCCAAAGAUGCCUAUUGUCCAGCCUUGCAAUAUAUUUGACUGCCCAAAGUGGCUUGCUCAGGAAUGGUCUCCGUGCACUGUGACCUGUGGACAAGGACUCAGAUACCGUGUGGUCCUUUGUAUUGAUCACAGAGGGAUGCACACAGGGGGCUGUAGCCUUAAAACCAAGCCACACAUAAAAGAAGAAUGCAUUGUACCCACUCCUUGCUACAAACCUAAAGAGAAACUUCCUGUGGAAGCCAAGUUGCCAUGGUAUAAGCAGGCUCAAGAGCUGGAGGAAGGAGCAGUGGUGUCUGAAGAGCCAUCGUUUAUUCCUGAGGCUUGGUCCACCUGUAGUGUUACCUGUGGAGUGGGCAGCCAGGUGCGGCUUGUGAAAUGUCAAGUGCUCCUCUCUUUCUCUCAGUCUGUGGCUGACUUGCCCAUUGACGAAUGUGAAGGUCCCAAACCUGUGUCUCAGAGAGCCUGUUACAGUGGUCCCUGCAGUGGAGAGGCUACCGAAUAUACUCCAGAGGAAACUGAGCUGCUAUAUAGCAGGUUCCAGGAGUUUGAUGAGCUCUAUGACUGGGAAUAUGAGGGCUUUACCGAGUGUUCAGAGUCCUGUGGAGGAGGUGUCCAGGAAACUGUGGUGACCUGCCUGAACAAACAGACCAGGGAGACUGCGGACGAGAUGCUGUGUGUAACCAGCCGCCGUCCUCCACAGCUGCUGAAAGCCUGUAGCCUGGACCCCUGCCCCCCAAGAUGGGAGAUUGGGAAAUGGAGCACUUGCAGUCUUACCUGUGGGGUUGGAUUGCAGACACGAGAUGUCUUCUGUUCUCAUCUACUAUCAAGAGAAACUAAUGAGACUGUGGUUUUGGCAGAUGAAUUGUGCUAUAAACCUAAGCCAGCCCUUGUGCAAGCUUGUAAUCGCUUCGACUGCCCACCGUCCUGGUAUCCUACAGAAUGGACAGAGUGUUCACAGACGUGUGGUGGUGGUGUCCAGAAGCGAGAUGCACUUUGUAAGCAGCGCCUAGCGGAUGGAAGCUUGUUAGAGCUGCCAGAAACCUUCUGCUUCACACCAAAGCCAAGUACCCAACAAGCCUGCAAAAAUGAAGAUUGUCCCAAUGAGUGGCUUCUCUCUGACUGGACACAGUGUUCAGUGAGCUGUGGAGAGGGCACCCAGAGUCGAAAUGCCAUUUGCAGAAAGAUGUUGAAAACCGGAGAUGCUGUCUUCAUCAAUUCCUCAAUGUGCCCACCUUUGCCGUUCUCGUCCUUGAUCAGGUCCUGUGCACUGGGCACCUGUGCAAGGCACAACAGGCCAGCUCAUAAGCAAAGCCCCCAUAUUAUGGCCAUAAAGAAAAUUUACAUCCAGACAAAGAAGCAGAAGAAGCUAAACUUUAUUGUGGGUGGGUAUGCCUACCUGCUGCCCAAAACCUCUGUUAUUCUUCGAUGCCCCACAAGGAGGUUCUGGAAAUCAAUGAUUACUUGGGAGAAGGAUAACAAGAGGCUCAUCAGCUCAGCUCACAUCACCAUUGCACCCUAUGGGUACAUGAAGAUCCAUCGUUUGAAGCCUUCAGACACUGGGACAUACACCUGCACAGCAGGACCGGCCCGGGAGCAUUUUGUAAUUAAACUAAUUGGAAGCAACAAGAAGAUCAUUGCUGGGCAGCCAACUGGUAUUAAGGAGGAAGAGGCCAUGAGAAAGGCCAGCUUAAAUGAAGCCUUGCGAACACAGGAGAAACAUAUCAAUGGGAUUCUCUUCAAUGGGAGCAAGGCUGAAAAGCGAGGGCAACUUGCUGACCCCAGCAGCUGGUAUGAUGAUAUUAUCUUAAGGCUGCUACAGCACAGAGGCUGGCCAGGGGAAAAUCUGGAGUCCUGGGAAGCCCAAGAGUCGACAGAAAGAAACGUAUCCUCAGAGGAGGACCAGAGCCGGGAGUAUAAUCAGCCAUUUACUCUGGUCACAGAGCAGAAACGUUUGGAUGAUAUCAUAAGGAAUUUGUCUCAACAGCCUGAGGAGCUUAAAGAUGUUUACACUGAGCAGCUUGUUGUGCAGCUGGCUCAUGAGGUUUUCAGGAGCCACUUGGAGCACCAGGAAUCUGUCCUCAAAGCAUCACAGCGACAAGUAGAUUCAGCCUUGGUGGAGUACCCUCUCCACAGAUAUGUUUCUGGAUUUACUAGCUCCCUCAGGACAUCAUCUGCUGAAACAUUUCUUCCCACCUCUGUAGAUCUGUCAAGUGGCUUACACAGACCUCAUCAAAAGCCUGCCAUCCUUCGAAAGAUUUCAGCAGCACAACAGCUUUCUGCUUCAGAGGUUAUUACCCACCUAGGACAGACAGUGGUCCUAGCCAGUGGCACACUGAGCGUGCUGCUUCACUGUGAAGCAGUGGGAAACCCAAAGCCCACCAUCAGCUGGGCUAAGAAUGGAGAAGAGGUGAAAUACAAUGAUAGGAUGCUACUUCAGCCUGAUGACUCCUUGCAGAUUCUAGCACCUGUGGAAGAUGAUGUGGGUUUCUACGCUUGUAAUGCGUCCAAUUCCCUGGGAUCUGACUCUGUCUCAAUUGCUGUUACUCUAGCAGGAAAGCCACUGAUAAAAGCAUCAAGAGUUACUGUGAUCAACACUGAGUCGCCUGCUGUCACUGUAGAUAUUGGAAGCACAGUGAAAACAGUCCAGAGAGUAAAUGUUACCAUUAGCUGCCAGGUUGCAGGUGUUCCUGAAGCAGAGGUUACUUGGUUUAAGAACAAAGUCAAGCUGUCCUCUGCUCACCAUCUGCACAAUGGGUUGCUGCUAAUUCCAAAUGUUUCUCAGUCAGAUCAGGGCUUGUACUCAUGCAAGGCAGCCAAUCUUCGUGGGGAGGUAACUGAAAGCUCCCAGCUGUUUGUUCUUGAGGCUCCACGACCUCUUCCUUACUUAGAAGAUUUGACAGCAGUGCUUUCCAGUGCUGGGACCAGCACUCAUUCAGUGCUGGCAUCUCCUUCAGGAACAAAAAUGACCGUCAGUCCAGGAGGAUCUGCUCUCAUAGGUUGUGCUGUGGAUGGUCAUCCAACUCCAAAUAUCACCUGGCUUUAUUCUGGUGAGCCUCUCCGUCUGCAGCAUCAGCUCCUGGCAGCAGGCCGGAUACUUCAGAUAUUCAAUGUCAGUGAUGCUCUUCAUGGUGAAUUCAGCUGCCUUGCUCAGAAUGAGGCUGGCUCGCUCACACAAAAAACAUCCCUGGCUAUACGAGAAUACUGGUGGUCAGUGGACAAGCUGAUGGCUUGUUCGGCUUCCUGUGGCCACAAAGGUGUGCAGCUGCCCCAGCUGAGGUGCUUACUGGAUGGGGACGAAGUCAACAUAUCCUACUGCAAAGAGAAGCCUAAGCCAGCCCUGCAGCCUAUUGCAUGCAACAGGAGAGACUGCCCUUCACGAUGGAUGGUAACAUCGUGGUCUCCUUGCACACAGAGUUGCGGUGGAGGCAUUCAGAUGCGACGAGUGACAUGUCAGUGCCUGACAGCUAAAGGCAACUCUGUCCCAAUGCCAAACGAGGCUUGUGCCCAGGUGUCCAAGCGCCCAGUGGAUACACAGAACUGUAACAGGCAGCUCUGCGUUGAGUGGGUGUCCUCCUCCUGGGGCCAGUGUAAUGGGCCUUGCAUUGGACCCCGACUGGCUGUACAGCACAGACAGAUAUUUUGCCAGACCAAAGAUGGGACUUCUGUGUCUUCUGAUCAAUGCAGUGCCUUACCAAGGCCAUUGAGCACCCAGAACUGCUGGACUGACAUCUGCAGCGUGCACUGGAGGGUCAGCCUGUGGACCGUCUGCACAGCUACAUGUGGAAACUACGGCUUCCAGUCCCGGCGUGUGGACUGCGUACACAUCCACACCAACAAGCCUGUGCUGGAUCAUCACUGCUCCUGGAGGCCACGGCCAGCGAACUGGCAACGCUGCAACAUCACACCCUGUGAAAAUGUGGAGUGCAGAGACACCACAAGGUACUGUGAGAAAGUGAAGCAGCUUAAACUUUGCCAGCUCACUCAGUUCAAGUCACGCUGCUGUGGGACUUGUGGAAAGGCUUGAAGACAAAAGCGGUGAAAACGGAGGAACAAGGGGAUCCAAGCCUUUUCUUCAUUAAGGCAAGGACUUUUACAGAAAAUUCAGAUGGGAUGGAAUUAUUUUUUUUUCAUUUUAUUUAUUUAUUUCCCUUAAAAAAGAUGUUAUAAAAGGACUCGACAAGUUUCCCUUUUAUGAGUCUGGGAGACAGAAUGCAGCAAAACAUGGUCAUGAGAGUAGACCACAAAGAGUCAGUGACUCCAACACCACUAGCGAUGGACCUGAGAGGAGUGGGGAAGCCCUACAUGCUUGCCUAGAGGUAUACCAACAGACAGAUAGGGAAGUGGAUCAGGGUAAAAACCUAGCAUCACAUUGGACCACCACAAUAUGAAACAAAUAAUCAAACAGAUUGACAUGUCAUUGGGUACUGGAGAAAAAAAAAAGGUUAAAUUAGACAUUCAGCGACGCAGUUUACAGAUACUUCAUCUAUCUUAGACUACUUCAAGAAUAUAACCAUAUCAUUUUGCUUUAUAAACCUAUUUGUUAGAUCCAAAAUUGGUUCCAUUUUUAUCUUUUUAAACCUCUCUCUCCUUCUUACACCAUGCCUUGAUAUUAUUUCAGUGGGAGAUCCUUGUGAUCUUUGAGGAUCCCGUGUCUGGGAAGUGGAACAAUGGUGUGUAAUGUGAGUCUAAAACACAUCCUAAUCCUGAAACAGUCUAAAUCCUGAAAAUGUUCCCAGGAUGCACUUAUGAGGGGGAACUGGGAUUAGGGCGGCUGCCCUCAGCACAGAUGUGAGGUGACAAUGUUAAUUAUUAUCCAGGAGAAGGAGAGAAAGUAUGAUCUGCCAUUGACAGAUUGUAGUACAAAUCUGCAAAUGCUGUCCUGUAGAAAACACAGGCAGAAAAUAUAAAAAUUGUUUGUGGUAACAUGGGAAAUUGUUUGCAUUCUGCAUCCUAUUAACACAUUUGGAGAAGAGUACCAGAUCUCAGAGUUCAGCUGCUUUCAGACCUGGGGUUUUGGAAAGGAACUUGAGGAAGUGGGUUUUUCUAUCCUGCUAACAUGAAAUCUCUGUCUUGUGGCAGUCAAGCUUUUUGAACAAGUAGUAGAAAAGAACUGUAUUCUAAUUUCUUGUGAUUAUUCCUACUCAGCUGCAACAGAGUGGAUUCAACAUCAGUCUCCAAGGGCUAAUGCCAAUAAUUUGUAACAAACUUGCUCCUCUCCAGCUGCCUUCCACAAUAAAAGAGGUGCUAUAUAGCAGCACAUUUUAAGCCCAUGUAUAAUACCUUGAAGAUACCGCCAAAACAGUGAGACUCAAACAUCACACCCGUAGCGUGAUUUUGUUCAUAUUACUCUGUCUGCCAGUCUUUGCCCCUGGCCACCUGCAGUGGUUAUUCAUCCAGUGAAGUGCUUAAUCCUUUUAGUUCCUGGGCACUCUGUGCUGCCCAGCAAAGGGCCCUAAAAUUAGAGGAAAUCUUAAAAUAGGGGGUUUGGACAUCAUGAAACUUUAAAGGAGAGUUGUCUGGAUAUGAGGCUUUGGUUCAGACCUCCUCUUAAUUAAAGGAAUGGCUGUGGCUCUCCUGUCACCCUGCAUGGGGCUCAUGUCUUGUGUUGCAUUAAUGAAAUGCUAUUCAAGGCUGCUGUGUUGCAGCUUCCAUAACACAUGAAUUGUUCAGCAAAACUGAGUCCCCUUUUGAGGUCAGUGCCAGGUUCGUGAUAUUUAACUAUCUCAAGCUGGCUACUUCAAAACACAUCUGGCAGUGAAUGCUCUGAAUACAAUAAAUGGGUCUUCAAGAAAUAGUGUUGCUAAGCAUCAGUGUAACUUUUUAUUUAAAAAAAAGAAUGUUUUUCUGUGUAUGUAAAUGUAUAUCUUUUCUGUAUAUUUAUUAGGAUUUCUUGUACAAAAAGUGCAAUAUUAAUAAUUGUACAUUAUUUUGUUCAGAUAAAACUUUUUUUAAAAUCUCCCCAGAAUUUUAUUCCACUAAAAUCAACAGUAAUAGUGUAUUUCUCUUACUUUUAAUAGCAUUUGCAUUUAUUUGGGGAUUUGCUUCACUGUGCACAGAGUGCUUUAUAAACUAUGACAUGAGGGAAGGAUGGAGUUUCUAACUUGGGAAAUGAUAAUUAUGCAUGGAAUGAAGGACAAUUCCGUAAUAACAAUAAUGAUGACAAUAAUGUGAUGGAUAUUUCUAGUACAUAGUUAACAAAAAGCAGUAUUGGGAAGUAUUUUCAUUUGUUUAAUAGCAGAAUGUAUUCAGAUGAUCAUGUGUUGAAUAGUAGCUGUAUAGCUGUGCAUAAGAUAAACACAAAGGAUCAGAUCUGAAGGGGCCACUGUGUUGUCUCUGUACAGUAUGGAUUUAAUUUCACAUGUCUGGCCUCUGAAUUGUGACUUGACAGCAUCUCGGUUAAGAUAAAGAUUGCUAUUUUAUGAAAAGAUGCUUUCCUUCUCUAAAAAGAAAACGAAACAGCAAUUUUCUAUUUAUAUAACUUUUUGUACAAGUAAUGCAGGUUGCUUAUUUAUCUA